CUUUGAAGUCGAAUUCUAUCAUUAUUCACAAUGUCUACUGAAUCUGACGCGGAUGCACUCAUGCAUCGCGGUAAGAAACGUACUAAGAAAAGUUUGUUCUGCUGGAAUCCAAAUUAUGAAGAUGCUGCAAGUGACUUCUGCAAAGCAGCCAAGAUUUAUGCAGGUCUAUGCUGCGUGCCAAAGGCUAUGAAUGCAUGGCAACAGGCUUCGCAGACCUAUCAACAUGCACGCAAUGCAUCAUCCGCUGGAUCUUGUUUGGAAAACUUAGGUGCAUUUCUUGUGGAAACUGCAAAUGAGGGCAACCAAAUAAGUGAGUACUAUAGCAAGGGUAUAGCAUGUUUUGAAGACGCGGCCAAAUUGUAUGAAGAAGACACUAAAUAUCAAAAGCAGGCUGAUGUACUGCUCAAGGCAGCUCGUGCAAUGAAGAACCGCGCGGAAUUGACUAAUAAAUGCAGACAAACUGGUGGCGACAUUUGUCCUCCUACCUCUGGUUCUCCAAACAAUACUGACGAGUACAAACGCCUUGUUCAAAAUGCAAUGAGGGCUCUAGAAAUGAGCUGGGAGCAGGAGAACACGGUGCCGUACAAGCUGCUCGAUCUUUACCAAGAGUUCAUCCUUCAAGCAAUUCGUCAGGGUGAUAUAUUGACCGCUGUGGAGGCACAGAAGCGCAUGUUAGGUUUCGUCCCAAACCCCCCAUCGAAUGGGGCAUACGACGAGUCCAAAAGUGUUAUUUAUCGCUUGAAAUGUCCGAAUCGGGCAGCUAAAGUGGGCCUGGAGGUAGUGGUCCUGUGUCUGAGCUGCAAUGGGGAUGACGUAUGGGCACGGCAAGAGUUUAACCGCAUGAGCACGUUAUCUGGCUUCCAAGGAACGUCUGAGCAACAAGCCGCAGCAGCACUCCUGGCUGCCUAUGAGGAACGCGAUCCUGAUCAGCUCAGCGAAGUUAUCAAGAGCUACACAAUCUUCAAUUUCCUACUGGCAGACGUAUCGCGCAUGGUGAAGAAGCUAAAGAUUGGAAGUGGCUUUGUAGAGGCCUCAGUACCAAAAAGUAGCAAUAAAGUUGAUGCCUCCCCCCCAUGUGUUGGCAAUGUCGAGGAAGAAUUAGACCCUGAGGAUUUGCGCUAAUAUUUGAUGCGACAAAAAAUAGGGGCAAGGACGUAAUUUUAAAAAUAAAAAUUAUAUUUCAGAAAUCCAUAUAUGAUGCCCGUGAUGUGUCCCCCUCAGUUCAGUGAUCAGUGAGGAUAAAAUGUGAAACUUAAUGCCAUCACAUUCGAAAAGAUGCAUCGAGGCAUAAUGGUCUUUUGAGGCGUCCUUUCUAUCUUUUUUGAAUAAUAUGAAGCAUCGGAGUAUUUUCUAAACUACUACUCGUAUUAUUUAGUCUUACAGAACGUCUGAAAAAAAUCAAAGCUUAGUGUUGUGGGUAAACCCUUCCAUAAUUUUUAGUAUUAAAGAUUAUACUUGGUCGGAACUAUUCAUCUAUAUAAGUAAUUCCAGCUAAUUCUCAAUGCUUUAGCUAUCUCUUAUGUGUUAUCAUAGUGUAUUUCUAUGUGGGAGACUCAGCCUCACCCCUAUUUGCUGCUUCCCCUUAAAUGGAUUUUUUCUCAUAUUCAAGGUAAUGUACUCCCUCACAUAACACUGCGAAAAUGUAUUAUAUUUAAUCGUCAACACUACUAGUACAGGGCUGGGAAGUAAAGGACCUCACGUUCGAAUCAUUAGCGAAAAAGGGUACUUUCCCUUUGGAAAUAAAAGUCAUAGGUUGCGGCCCUCCAUGUGACACUAAAUGGUAAGAAUCACGUGUUGAAUAUUUAUUGUAAAAUUAGAAGGAAUAUUCAAAAAAAAUAAAGCCAUACGGUGGUAUACGGUUUGCCUUGGGGCCUUUUCCGAACUUGCACUAAUAUUCUCAUCAUUUUGCUCUCUUCCCAUCUCAUCCACCUUGUUCUUUUAACCCACUCGAGUCGACCAAGACGUUGGAGAAAUUUACAUUACUUUCGGAGGAAGAAAGCACGUCAACACAAAAAGAAGGUUCGCCGAAUGAAAAUAAACUCAGCUAUAGCCCACCCAAAAAGGUUUCUGAGGAGUCGGGUACGUAGGUAUUCCCUUAAGACGUUGCCUUUAAUCGUACGCCUUAGCAUGCUUUUAUUGUGUUUUUGUUCUUGAACUCUAUUCCUUAUUAUGUUCAUACAUCUGAAUACUAAUUCUGGCUUCACGAAUAUUGUCGAAUGAUAAUUAUAGGGGACUAAUGAAUUCUAACAAUAGCCAGAGUUACUCGGAGGAAUUUGCCUUUUCUCAUUUGGAAGGAAUAAAUUACAGCAUUUGGACUUCGCAAUAUAUUAAAGAGACUAUUGUUCAUCCAAACACUUUUGCAUUUGUGGGUAAAAUCAAAUGAAUAAUGGGAAUAAUUAAUAUAUAUGCCCCAAGUUUUCUUAUUCCAGUCACAAAGAGAAAUAAUAAUAGUGUCCAAAAACAACUUAAUCCACUGAAGGAACUACUUAUUCUGCUACAUUUCUGCUCAAAAAUGAAAAUAAUACAAUAAUCAUUUUAUGUAAAAUGGAAUUUAUUAAAUAAUAUUUGUAGUACAAAUUGACUUUAUAAAUAGCACAAGACUUAAAACUAUACUUUCUAAUAGCAUCACUUUUAUUCAUUCUAACAUGUUUAACUCGUGCCAAUCACUAAAUGCUAUCUCAUGAUUUUAUUAUUAUAACCUUUUUAAGUGUUUUAUUAAUACUCGUUCGAUUUAUUGAUAUUAGUCUCAUAUAUUUUCACGAAGAGCAAGGCCUUCUUCCGUGAAAUCUUCGAUUUGUGAACUAUUGGUAUACAAUGCAAAAAGGAGAGGUAAGGGUUAUUAUAAAUGGUUCUAAAGUAAGGAUAGCAACAUAGAAUCGCCUAUAUUCUUAAUACACAAUAUGUUAUCUUUUCUCUGAUCCAUCUCAAACGAGAAAAUUUGGGGCCCCUUUGUGAAGUAAAGAUAUUGUUAUUUCUCUGCGAACGUUGAGAUAUUAUUUCAAAUAUCUUCAGUUAAGAUUUGCGGCAACUCUAUAUUUAUACUACGCAGCAAACAUUUUGUAUAUCAUUCGUUUAGCAUUUGACUAUAGCACAUUCUUUUCGAAUGAAUAUUCA